AUGCAGUUUUGCCAUUCCCUGCGCGCCAAAGCCUGGGGGUCAGCAGGUCCCACAAUAGCCAGCACGACCAGCAUCGAGCAUGCACGGGUCCAACGCACCAGUAGGACUGAAGACCAGGAGAUUCGAGUUGGCUGUCAGCGUACCUGUCCUGCCAGCGGCCAGCCUAAUUCGGAAGCACCCCACAUGAGAGCCCCAGACUUCAACACGAGUGGAUCAAAACAUGUGCCAAAGUGUGCCGGGCCCCAGGGGCGUAGGCUUGCCCAAAAAGUCGUCCACGCACCAGUCGGACCAAGUUUGAACCAGCCCAGCUUCCAGAGCGGCUUUCUCGUCAUCGAAGCCACACCAAGAACCCCAAUUGCACGUCACGGAGCACGCACCCAGCGCUACUGCCAGUGUACGGAUGGCGUGAAGCUUGCCGGACCCCAGUUGAUCAACGAUGAUGAUGCUGCUUGGCGUGAACGGAAUGGUCUAUGCACUCACGACCACCAUGAACAAAGGAAGCUGACUGGACAUCAUUGGGGUCGGGGUCAAGAAACAAAACAAAACAAGACACAAAAAACGAAACGCAGGCGGGGGAUGCAGUUGUAUCACCGACAGCCGCAGUCUGGGGGUUCUCCACGGGGCAGAGGUACACGUGGGCAAGAGGAUGUGCCGCGGCUGCACUCUGAAAGACUUGAAGAGAACAAGUUUGUGAUUUCUGCUCUUGCACUACUACUGUGGCGGGUUCACCAAAGAGAAGCGCCCAAGUCGAUGUGUCCACCUGUACCACCUGGUCUCCGCGUCCGCCUCGGCCAACAUCGCUGCCAACCCCACUCGUGUCCUCGGCACGACACAAGGCCUGUCGAUCGCCUCGCUGCAAGCUCAAGACACAAGCAUCAAGAUUGGCGGCCGUCAAGCCAAGCUGAGUCAUGA